AUGGUGGUCACUAAGAUGGGUGCGCUGUUCACCCAUUGGGAGAAUUACCGGACGGAGGAACAGUACGAGAAGGCGUUGAUCCGCAAGCUGUUCUUGCUGGAUUUCCUGAACUACUACACGUGGUUCUUCUCGCUCGCGUUCAUCUUUGUGAUCCCUGGACUGGGCAAUUACUUGACGAACACGUUCAACCACAUGUUCUUUGGCGACGACAUGAACUGCUGCUUUGGACCUUAUGUGGAUCAAGACGGCUCGUGUGUCAUGUGUCCUGUGGGGGACAAGGACGCGACGUGUAUCGAAUGUGUCGGGUUCUUCACAUUUGAUCGUCGGCAUGUGGACUUGAGCGCCAUGUUCGUCACCCCGAUCGUGAUCACGCAGUCGCUGAAUAUAUUACUGAGAUUAGUGGCCCCUAUACUGGUGCGGAACCGUCGGGAGAAGGCCCAAGCUCAUGCGGAUGCUCAAGCACAAGAGCGCGUUCGUGCAGCUGGCUCCAUGAAGAUUUUGGGCUCAUUGGACUACGAGAACCAGAAGGAAUCGCAGUUUGGCAACAAGUCGAGCUCACGGUAUCUGGAGUACACUCCGUCCGAGAUCGAGGUGCUGAACAAGAAGGCGCGUGAGAUUCUGUUCGACAGCGCGCAAGACACGUACGACCCGUACGAUGAUUUCCACGUGCUGACAGUGCAGUUUGGAUUCACAGUUAUGUUCUCCAUGCUGUGGCCGCUAAUGCCAUUCGCGUGUUUCUUGAUCAACAGCGUCAAGGGCCGUACAGAUGGCUAUCGUCUGUGUAAGACACUGAAGCGUCCCAUCCCUCGACGAGCGAAUGGUAUUGGUGCGUGGAAAGGCAUCCUCACAACGUACGCGUACAUCGCCGUGAUAGUCAACGUAUUGCUGAUCUGCAUCUCGACUGGAGUGCUCGAGUUCUUCGAUGAAACAUGUGUGGCUGACAUUGAGCAUCAGCUGGAGAAGCAAGGGAAAACGUUGGACGAUUUCGUCUUUGGGCCGAACUUCGGCUGUCUGCAUAUCGCCUGGCGUUUGCUGUUUAUUCUGCUGCUGGAGCAUUUAUUCGUGACAGUUGCGUACGUGGGGAUGCAGCGGAUCCCUCAUGUGCCUAGCUGGAUUAAGAACGUCAUGAGCUCUCGGGAGAACAAGUUUAAAGCGCUUUUGCGUGAACAUGAGCUGGAGCUGUUCCCUCCUAAUAGCGGCAGUGAAGACGGACCUGAAAGUGACAAGAAAACUGCGUCAACGGAGCCGUUCCGGAUCGAUAUCAAGCGUCUUGUGGGCUUCGGAGGUCACACUACGAGUAUGUCGAGUCAAAGCACUCGCUCGUCUUCUGCGCAGCCGUCGGCGCCGCCGUCAACGACUGCGGUGCCGCCUCGCUCGAUAUUGAUCGACCCCAUGACGCCACUUUCACGCGCACCAAGCGAUUUGGAGUUCCCGACUAGCACUGGAGUGCGCACUAAAGCUCGAGAGAAACUGGCAAGGCAAUGGUCGGAUGGCUCGGACCACUAAAUACUGGGCUGGAAGUCUAGGUAGAAUGGUAAGGAAAUCUAUUAUGUAUUGGAGAAACGCAA